GCCUCCUCUUCACAUGUGGCAGUUUUUUGUUUUAGCAGAAAUUCGUCGUUUGAUCAAACUGAACUGCGAGUUGGUAAAAAAGCGAUUCAAAGCCAAUGGCUGGGAGUGAAGAGAAAAUACCUCUAGUUCAGGGAUCAAACAGUAAGCUAGAAAAUGGCCAGGACAAUCAAACUGCGACAUCCAACGCUUCGACUCACAUCGGUAAAGGAGAUGACAGUUCACUCUUUGUCGGCGGGCAAGACGAAGAACAUUUAUACGACUUCGCAAGUGAAAGCACCGGCCCUGCUGCAUCUGAAACAGACAAACGGCAAAAUCUGGAGGACACCACAACUAACAUGCAGACAUUGAUGCAUCUUUGGAGAGGAAACGUUGGAACAGGUAUGCUGGGAUUGCCUGAGGCGAUGAUGCAUGCUGGGAUUGUGGUAGGUCCAUUAGCACUAUUAGCAGUUGCGGGAAUCACAAUCCAUUGUAUGCAUCUGUUGGUCAAAUGUAGUAAUAUUUUAUCUCUGAGAACUGGAGUAAUUUCAUUGGGUUAUGGAGAAGUUGCGGAGGAGAGCAUCAGACGUCAUUUUCCAAAGAAAGCUCACCUUGGCAGACACCUUGUGAACUUUUUCUUGUGUAUCUCACAGCUGGGUUUCUGCAGUGUGUAUUUCGUGUUUAUUGCUAACAAUCUUCAGCAGGUCUCCAACGCUCUUGACGUUCAAUCGUGGAUGGCAAUUAUGCUUGUUCCGAUAAUCCUCUUGUCCUUCAUCCGGGACCUUCGCACCCUAGCUCCGCUCUCGAUGAUCGCUAACAUUUGCUGUGGCAUUUCCUUAGUUGUCAUAUUUCAGUACCUCAUUAGGAACAUUCAACAUACGGAGAAACUGCCAGGUUUCGCUGGAUGGUCGAACUUUCCCGUUUUCUUUGGAAUCGCUAUGUAUGCUUUUGAGGGAAUUGGCGUGGUUUUGCCAAUUGAAAACAAGAUGGCGACCCCUCAGGAUUAUCGUUUGGUUCUUAAUUUUGGUAUGGGAGUCGUCACAUUGCUGUUCUCGCUGCUAGGAAUUCUGGGAUACCUCUUUUGUCAAGACGAAUGUAGAGGCAGCAUUACACUGAAUCUUCCAAAUGAAGGAAUAUAUACAGGAGUAAAGUUGCUGUAUUCUACCUGUAUAUUUCUGACGUAUUUUAUUCAGUUUUACGUGCCGAUGUUGAUUCUCCAACCCCCGAUCCUCAAACAUGUACCUGAGGAAUAUCAAACAUGGGCUGACUACGGAAUCAGAGCGGCGACAGUUAUUCUAACAUGCAUCAUGGCAGUCAGUGUACCUCAACUGGAUAAUUUCAUCGCAUUGGUCGGCUCCGUUGGUUGCACAGCUUUGGCUGUUAUCUUCCCAAUUUUUAUUCAUGUCCUUACUUUAGCUUCAGAGGGCGACGGACGAAUUCCCACUUCUAUCUUCAUAAAGGAUGGAGUUAUCAUGGUGGCAGGCAUACUAAUGCUCGUGUUUGGUACUUACACCUCCGUAGCACGUAUCAUCGAACGAUACGAACAUGGACAAAAUUAAUCAUUGAACGUCAUUACGUCAAAAUUCGAAGGCUAACUAUUUAAAAAUAACUGAUUGGGUUAU